GUUAAAGUUUGUGAUCUGCCCACAUAUUUAAAUGACCAAGAUGUGGCAAGCUUCUUUCGUGGACUUAACAUUAUUCGAGGAGGGAUUUCCUUCUUGCUUAGCGAAUAUGGUAAACGCUAUGGUCAAGCUUAUGUUAAAUUUGAAGACACUGUUCAACGAGAUCUAGCACUAAAAAGGCAUAGCCAAUAUAUUGAUCAAAAGUCUAUUCGGAUUUACAAAAUCAAUGCCGGUCAAGGUUUCAUCCCUAACGUUGGAGGUGCAACUAUUGUCAACGCUUUAAUGAAAAGCAAUGACAGGCCAGAAAUUGCUUUACUACGUAUAAAAGGGCUACCAAGUACUGUCAUAGCUAUCGAUGUUGUCAAUUUCUUUAAGGGUACAGCUGAUGUUUUAGACAACGAAGAAGGUGUUCUACUGCUUCUAUCUGCUGAUGGAAGAACAACAGGUGAAGGCUACGUAGCAUUUAAAACACCUGAAAUUGCACGAAGUGCAAUAUAUAAAGACUACAAGAUAAUGGCAAAUCACCAUAUUGAAUUAUAUGAUUGUUCAUUAAAUGAUGCACUAAAGGCACUACAAGAAAGCCAUAUCAGCAGCAGUUACCGCAAAAACGAUAAAAUUUUAACAAAUUUACGGCAAAAGAGCCAAGAAAGUGUACGAGAUUGCAUACGCUUGCGAGGAUUGCCUUUUACGGCAACAGAACCAGAUAUCACCAAUUUUAUGGGGGAACUUGCUGAUAAAAUUGCUCUUAAUGGUAUUCAUUUAUGCAUCAAUGACAGGGGGCGGCCUUCCGGUGACGCUUAUAUUCAGAUGCUAUCGGCUGAAGAUGCAAUAAAAUCAGCAGAGAAAAAACAUCGAGAACAUUUAGGUACACGAUGGAUUGAGGUAUUCCAAUGCUCUAGAGAGGAAGUC